CUCAAGUGUUCGCUCACUGACCGUUCGUUCAUAGCUUCCUAUCUACAUGGCGUGGCAGCCACCGACACUGCACUGCAUACUUACGGCUACUGCUCCUCCGCCUCCCGCGGCGGCUUCCUCCUCAGAAGCGCCUGCAGCAGCGAAAGCGUCUUGUUUGCGCCAACCUGACAUUGUCCACACACACACGCACAUACACACCGACUGCGUACGCACGCUUCUGUCUCUCCGGCCUCUCCUCUUCUUCCUCACCAGCACGUUCUGGUUGUAGAGGCCGCUGAAAGGAUCGCUUAGCUCGACCACGAGCUCAGCGAUCCACGUUAUGCCCCCCAUCAGCGCCACAAAAGUGGGGCGCGUGAUGGCCGCGGCAGAUGGGCCGGCAAGAGCGGCUUCGUAGAGAAAUGUGAAAACCAUACACGUCAUCAGCCACUGCACACAUCGAAGCGAGAAGAACGAAUGACGGGGUGAGCGCGGCCGGCCUUCCCCUGCCCUGCUCACCGUGAGGAAGAAGUAGUGCAGGGGAGGGAACCCUUGCUCUGUCAGUGAUUGACGAGUGCCGCGCAAUGUCCUCAGCUCCUGCAGCAAACAGGGCAGACAAGACUAGAUACCACCUCCCAUGACAAACCCAAACUCACAACAUUGGCACCUUGAUGAAACCCAUCGCCUUGGUAGACUCCAUCACAUCGACCACAUUGUACAGCGCGUAGUCAUCAGUCUGAAGAAUGGAGCACACGUGACACACAAAGUGAGAGGAGGGGUGAGAGGCUCUUUCUCUGCGUUCUCACCUGUUGAACGGCAGGCAAGUCAUAGAGCACUUUGUAGCGAUUGAAAUCGAUUCCGCUCCCUGCCACAUAUGUGGCAUUGGCGUCGACGUCUGGUCGGCCCCCCGUCCCAUCCCUCGCCGCGAGAAAAGGGAACAGCAGGGUCAUGAAGUUUCGGGGGGCCGGCGAUGGCCGAGGGAGCACCAGAUCCGUCAGGUGCUUGUUGGGUGCGGAGGGGGGCGAUGUGGCGUGAUGGGCUGCGUCGAAUCUGCCGGAUGGGGAGCCUGCAGCGGUUGACUGAAGGGGGAAGGGGAGAGAUAGCAGCGGGGGAGGAGCCUGACCGCGGGCCGAGCCCGACGAGUGGGCCACACGUGGACGGGCGUAGCUCAUUGGCAUGUGGUGAGAGCCGGUGAUUGCUUUCCAGCUGAGGCGCUUGAUGCGAACCGGCCAGGCGUUCUCUCGAAACAGCCCUCUCGCAUAACGGUCCUAAUACACACACACACACACAGGCAUGCAUACGCGCACAUCAUGGCCCCUUCCCCAGCCCGUCACACUCACCACUUCAGCGAGGGCGAAUAUCCGUCGCUCUGGGUCAUUCCGCAGCUCGACAUCUAUGAACUUGGCCAGCAUGUCGAUAGUGGAGAUCUCGUUUUGAAUCAUCGCCCGAAUCUGACAGGAUGAGGCAGAAACCGCCACACAAACAGUCCAAUUGAUCACGACGCUGUGCUCUUUGUGCAUUCCUCCCUCCCCACUCACCUGUUGCUGUCGAGUGUAGCACUGGUUGAUGGUGAGCGAGGUCACUGUACCGCUUAGAAUGGAGAUGAAAGGCACCAGUGUUCGAUUCAGGAACCCCUCAGGAAGAGCAAAUCGCCGUCGCGUGGCCCUCCCGACAAGGAAGAAGACAGUCCUUGACAGAGGCGGAUAGAAUAUGUAGCUCAGCAGCAUACAGAGCAGCGCAAGCCUGACCAGAAGGGACGGACAUACCCAUAUCCGCAUUCGCGUUUACUUUGUAGCUUGGUUGCCUUAAGGCGUACCAUGGGACAUUGAGAAGGAGGAUUGACGUAGCCAUCGACAAGGUGAACCCCGUCUUGCUUAUGAGCCGCUCCAGCCACGUGACAAACGCCUUCUUCGGCCGAAGGACUGCCGGCGAGGUCUUGGACGGAGGGGGCAUGGUGGCUGUGUCGUUGACCGCCAGCACCUCAUCUGCAGCAGCAGCAUCGACCUGUUCCUCCUCCUCCUCCUCCCCUCCCUGUUCUUCCUCCUCCGCCGCUGCUGCCGCUGCCUCAUCUCCCUCUUUGUCCUUCUCCGCUAGUGCUGCAUCACCGGCACUCUCACCCUUUUGGGCACUCGCUGCCAGCAAUGAAUCGCUGACCUCAAUCUCCAGCACCGGAACAUCUGUCACGUCGCGCGGGGACUCGCCGACUACAGGUGGCUCGCUCGUGCGCUGAGAGAUGGAAGCAGUGCUCCUCUCUUGCCCAGUAGCAGCGGCAGCAGCAGGAUGAGGUUCGUCAGCCUCAGUUUCGGUGGCGGCAGGUUUGGCUGGUGCUGCUUCUGGCGCGAUGGCUGUUGCUGUUGCGGCUGUUGCGGUGGCUGAUCUGACUGACGUUGCGCCGGUCCUCCAAUGAUGAGCCCGUAGCGCGGCGACUGACGAGGGAUAGAUGAGUCCUUCCGAGUGGGAACAAUAGAAGCAGGAAAAGACCAGCAGGAACAGACAGCCCCGCAUCUUGAGUUGUGAUGAGGCUGGCCAGGCGGGAAGGGAGAGGCUGUCGUGUCC